AAUGUCCUUAACCGUCUCGCGCGAUGAGAUUAUCAGAAAACACAACCUCGUCUGUGCCACCCGACGUGAUAACAACGACAAAAUCAAAAACCAGCAGCGAUGACGCGAAAUAUGUCGUUGUGCCAAUAAUAGUGAUUAUCGUUAUUAUGCUGGCAUCAGUUUUGGUGUAUUACCUCCUCAAGCAACGAAAACUGAUCAAAUUGAGGCGUGAAAUUCAAAGUUUUUACGAGUUUGACUCCGAGGAGCAAGAGUGGGAAUCUUUAAACAGUUACAGGCAUCCGAAUUAUAGCGAUGACCUCACGGACAGUAGCCGUAGCAGAUUAUCCAAAUCGAGUACCACAAAUCUUUAGAGGAAUGUCAUUUUACCUCUACUCAUACACACAAUACACGAAAACAAAUAAUAAGCAUAUUUCAAGUAAUACGAAUGUCCGCUGUGAUCUACAAUAAAUAGUUAUUUAAAAAGUCACUUCCCCAU